CCAAACCCAGUGACGUUUUGUUACAGUUGGUGUUGCUGGGGACUGACACAGUGAAGAAAAGAAAUGGCGAUGCUCGGAGGUUUCAGCUCAGCACAGCCCAAGAAGAGUGUCCCUGACGGGAGCAGCGACGUGUCGGAUUUCGUUUGUCCAGUUUGCCUUGAAAUUUUCGAGACUCCUCUAACAACACAAUGCGGUCAUACGUUCUGCCAGAGCUGUUUGCAAGAAUGUUUGCGUCCACAGAAGCCUGUGUGUGCUGUAUGUAGGACAGCUCUGACCAACUGGACUAAAGCUGCUGAUUUAGAGGCCCUCAUCCACUCGUCUGUGGCAGCUUGCAAGGGAUGUGGAGUUCAGGUUGGCCUCUCUCAGAUGAGGAGCCACACAGCUGCCUGUUCAAAAUACCAGGAGUAUAUUGAGGAGGGGGUGAGGAGCACUGCCCAAAGUCAGCCUGCCAUUAUCAGCCCGGUCCCAAACCGCUUCACUUUCUCCUGUCCCUUCUGCAACUGCCAGAACCUGGAUCAGGACAGCCUAGUUGAACAUUGCACUACCCAACAUGCACGGGAUACGCGCCAAGUGGUGUGUCCCAUCUGCGCCUCAAUGCCUUGGGGAGACCCCAACUACAGGAGUACUGACUUUUUCCAGCACCUGAAGAUCAGACACACUUUCUCCUAUGAUACUUUCGUUGAUUACGCCACAGAUGAGGCCACCAUGAUUCAGGAGGCUUUACAGCGUUCCCUCAUGGACAAGUGAAGUGUGAGGAACAAUGUAGCAGCAGGGAAAGAGGAAUCCAGAGAAGAGAGCAGGAGAUUGUCUUGGAAAGACAAAAAAAAAAAAAAACACACUGUAUCAUCAAUUUAUCUAUCCAGAGGACAGUUGUACUGAAUCACUAUGGAUAAUUAUUAUUUAAAGGGCACAUUGGGUUGCAUCUUCAAAAUCUAAAAGAUUUAAAAUAAAACAAUAAAUAAUGGUAUGUGAUUGAAA